CCACACGACACAGCCGCCAGCCAGACAAACUACAAAACAAUAAUAGUUAUAAAUAACUUUCUAAUACGUGCCUUGUGAGCGCCGGAAGGCCCUUCCGCGGUCAUUUACGGGCUAAAAACUUGGCGUCUUUGCCAUGCCGCCUCGGCAGUUGCCGAAGGGUCGUCGGAUCGGCGCUAGCGUCGCCACUGGGCCGCUAUACAAGGUUAAACAGUUAGCCGACAAAGUUCUGCUCUCAGGAGAUGCGACGCGUCUGUCUCUGGGCGAAAUUGACGGCGCCACGGAUGAGGUCAUAAAGUGGAGCUGCAAAGCGGACAAUUCCGACGGCAAAACUCCUGGACUAUGGGCAUCCCUUGACAGUCAAGAGUUGACGCGUUUGCAUGCUCUGUACGCGUUUGUGCUUCGACGUUCUUCAUCAAGCCAGUAUUCUGAUACUGAGCGUGCGGCCUAUGCGGCCUUGCGCUCGAAGCUGUCUUCUGAGCUCGCCAAGCUCGUCCAUGACGAAGGAACGCACAUGCCCGCUGGUCGCGUGCGUGCCGUGAUGUAUACGACCCUACGCGCGCAUGUACUGCGCUGCCUUGCUGCCUUGUUGGCUCAAGCUGCUUCGCCGCUGGCUUUUUCCCAGCCACAACAAGUAAGGCGCUCACGGCGCAACCUCCAGGCAGCUCGGGACGUCCUCGUGGAGUCAAGGCAGCUCCUGGCCUUUUGCCACGAGCUUCUGACAUCGGGGGAAGAAGGGGCCGACGACAUCGUUCCUCAACGAAUGUUUAUCUCUUGCCUCGAGAGCGAGCUUAGCGCCAGCCGGCUCCUCGAGCACUGGUCCCGGCUGCUGCUGCUUCUGUCCGCAGCUGCAGGCGACCGCUCCGAUGACGCGGUCAAACAGCUGCACCAGCUGACCGCUCCGCUGCUCGGCCUAGAUGACUUCAUAGCCUCAACCUGGCGUUGUCAAGAGCUGCUGGACAAUCCAAGCCUGUCGUACCUGCUGUCCUCCCACGUGGUAGGGUUAUGCGCUGCGCUGGACGGGGGUCCUACGUACGGCAUGCCUGUUGACACCCUGUCAGCGGAUGACGACGAUGAUGCUCAGGGCGCGGCCAAGGCGGCUGGGCCUCAGGCGGUGGCGCCACUUUUUGGCUCAACUGGGUUGAGGCUGCGUCGGCAGGCUCCCGAGGGCGCUGGUACCAAGUUGGCGCAGUGGGUUCUGUCGGCGUGGUCGGAUACGCUCUACCUGGAGCGCUCAACGGAGCUCCAGCACUGCAAUGGCAUGGAACGUGCGUUGUCUCCGCUAGACAGAGUUCCCAGGCCGUCCGUCACGAUGUCGCUCCGGCCCUUGUACCGCUGGAUGCAGCAGCUGUCAGACAGGGUCACCCGGGACAGGGAACCGGGUGGGCUGCUAGCAGCCGCGGAGGCUGCGGCCAGGUUAGGCACUGGCGCACAACCCGUCGCUUAUCGUUUUGAUUUGGACAUUGCACAUGCCGCGGGAGUCAGGGCGCAGGAGCGCUACAAGCUCACGGUCGCUCCGCCGCUGCACGCCGAAGCAACAUUUGAGCUCUGCAUCCGCCUAGCGUCGGCGGCAACCAAGGCUAUUAAACUGGGGUCGUCACCUCGACUUGCGGCGUCAGCUGCUGGCCCCUCCUGCUCUUCUUCUUCUGCACGUAGCGGAAGAGACCGGGAUCGCGAGCGCGGGCAGGGUGCGGCGGGGCUGCUGGUUGCAGCGGCGGAGGCUCCGGAGCUCGCGGUGCGUGCGAUCAAGUGUGCUCGGCAAGCGCUGGGGGCCGAGGUAAUGGCGACGAAGGAGGCGCUGCCGCCGGCCGUGGACGCGCGGUUGCGGAGGUGGUGGGCUGCAGUGGGGGAGCUUGCGGAGGCGGCGGUGGUGGGGGGGGUGCCGGCUGGAGGGGUGCGGUGGGAGCGGCUGGGGGACGAGCUGGCGGUCCCGUCUCCCUGGAGCCUGAAAGGCCUACCCACGCACCCCACACCCUGCGUCGCCGCCGCGCUCGCUGCCGGCUACGCCUCCUGGAUCCCGGGUGUCAUUGGGGCGGCCCAUUCCGCUUUGGACGGCGCGUGGAUCAACUACAUGGUUCCCCUCACAGCCGCCGGAGACUGCGCUUGGGACCAGUUCUUUGCGUUUUCGCCGCCCGGGCGCUUCUCCAGCAUCAUCCGCAAGUCAGCCGUCAAGGUGUCAAAAGUGUCGCUUUCCGAGGAAGGCGCCAUCAGCCGCAGCGGCCGCACUGAUUCGGCGGUGAGCGACCUUUCCGCCCGGCUGGACGCCGCACAUAAGUUCUACUGCCGGGCCCUGGACGAGUUCCCUGCCCUGGCCGCGGCGGCGGCGGAGGAGAGGGCAAAGGCCGGCGGGUCGGGCGCUGCGGGUGCGGCUGCUGCGGCUGAAGCGAACGGAGGGGGCGGUGAAGGCGGAGAUGCAGACCGCGUGUGGCGCAUAGGUGCUGUGUUGGCGGAUGUGGGGCGCCUGCUGGUGCCGGAGGUUGCAGCCGCGCUGCUGACUCGCCUGGUGCCGGCCACUGGGGAUGCUUUCUGGAUGUACCGUGACGGGAUCCUGCGGGUGGCGACGGCGCUGCUGAGGUGGGCGGCGCUGCUGGCCGCGGCAGCCCACCUGGAGACGGCUGCGGGGGCGCAGCGGGCUGCUGCUACCGGCUCGGCUGCAGGGGCGCAGGAGGGAAUUGUGGGUGCUGCUGGCCCGGGGGCGGCAGCAAGGGGCUCGGCCACAGCAGCGGCAGCAGCGGGCGCGGCGGAAGGGCCGUAUCGGCGAUUAUUGGCUGGG